CCACAUUCUGAGAGAUUGUUUAUAUCCUUUCUGGAGAGGGAAGGGAGAUGUCAAAAAGUAAUUUUGUUUCAUGGUAUAAAAAUAAACUUGCCCGAAAAGUCUGAAAAUGGAUGAAGCCGGCGGUGCCAGGCGAGGCCCACCUAAAUUGCGAGAGAUUCUUAGGAGACAGCGUCAAGAUUCAGAGGGAACUAUUGACUGCCCCGACUUGGAUUUCGUUUAUGAUGAUGCUGACAAACAUCCUAAUGAAACUGCUGAGCUUUACAGUUACACAGAAGGACCAGAGUUCCAAUCAAAUAUCAGAGCAUUUGAGGAGUUGAUGGAACUCUUCCACAUUAGACCCCAUUGGCAAACUUUGAAUGAUUCCACUAGGGUAAGUGUUUUGCUUAAACUAGCAGAACAACUGGAGCUGAGUAACAAAGCUUUGAGGAUAAAAGCAGCUCGAGCAAUCCUCUACAUUGCUCAAGGUUGCUGGGGUGAAGUCCAGAGUGAUGCUGAGCAACAGCAUUGGACUCGAAGCAAUGUUCUCUUGCUGUACAAAACUGGAAUUUUUCACACAUUUCUGGAACUGCUAAACUAUGAAAUUGAAAACAGUGGAGCAGCAAAUACUGCCAUAAGAAAAUUAGCUGUCAGUCUUGCAGAUAGCUGGGAUCUUCGUGUAAUUCUGUCGGUAUUUUACACGAUUGUUGAAGUCUUCCGCUCCUCCCAAGAAGAGGACAGUGACGAGUUCAAGAAAAUUCAAGAAGAGUUUCGAGCUGAAAUCGCUCAACCCAUAAACGAUGAAUUGUUAGCUGUUAAACUUCUCAGUAUGGUCACAAAAUUUUGCAGUGGAUCUUGCCCACAUUUCCCAAUGAAGAAAGUAUUGCUGCUGUUAUGGAAAGUGCUGCUUGUAUCUCUUGGUGGAAUGAAGGAACAGAGAGAGUUGAAAGGGAAGUAUCGUACCGAGGCAGGUCUGGCAUUGCCAAUAGAAGAUACCAUCGAAGUAACACGGACCAUGCGUGCUGCUUCACCUCCUGCAUCAGCUGCUGAUCUGUUGGAAGCUCAAAAUCAGAAACCGGGUCCAGCUUCCCGUCCUUUCCGACGGGUAAAUUCUUAUCCUUUAUUUAGCAUUCGAUUUGUGACAAAUUGUAAUCGUGAUUUUUAUUUGCAGACCCUAGUCAAACAGAGUUCCUUAGAUGAAUCACUAACCAUGGAAUUGGACAAUAACGAUCAAGCCGAUGAUGAGUUGAGGGAAAUAGAAGAACGAAGAGCCAUGGAAGAAUCAGGAGAAAUACCUCAGCCACCAAGCCCACGACCUACGACACCAGCACCAAGAAAGGCACUACCAUGGACACCGAAAGUUCGUCAAAAGGAUAUCGAUCAAUUUCUCGAUACCACGCGAAUGAAAUUUGUAGGUUUCAUGCUCCCCAACGAUCGAGUAUCAUUAGCAGGACUUCCUUUGCCAAUUCAUGAGGGUGUGCGUGUCUUGAAACAGCACACUUACUUUUCGUUGACGGAGAUCCAAAUCCAACGAGAAGAGGACAUAAACAAAAACCCGGUUUCCAAAGGGCAGGAGGACAUAGCGUUGACUCCGGCGGAAAUCCUUUAUCAGGCUAUGUUGCCGAGCUUGCCUCAAUACAUGAUUGCGCUUCUGAAAAUUCUUCUAGCCGCCGCUCCGACCUCCAAGGCAAAAACAGACUCUAUUAAUAUUAUGGCAGACGUUCUGCCCGAAGAAAUGCCGAUGACUGUUUUACAGUCGAUGAAAUUGGGUAUUGACGUGAAUCGACACAAGGAAAUCUUGGUAAAAGCCGUAGCCGCCAUCCUGUUGCUUCUCCUGAAGCACUUGAAAAUGAAUCAUGUUUACCAGUUCGAGUUCAUGUCUCAACACUUGGUAUUUGCAAACUGCAUCCCACUCGUACUCAAAUUCUUCAAUCAGAACAUUAUGGCCUACAUUGGCGCCAAAAACAACAUCGCUAUCUUGGAUUUCCCUUCGUGUGUCAUUGGCGAUCAGCCAGAGUUGACCGCCGAGAGUUUGGAAAUUGGUACCAAUCUUCCCUACUGCUGGCGCAAUCUCUUCUCAUGCGUCAACCUUCUGCGCAUCCUUAAUAAGCUGACUAAAUGGAAACAUUCGCGCAUCAUGAUGUUGGUUGUGUUUAAAUCAGCGCCCAUUCUAAAGCGAACCUUGAAAGUCAAACACGCUCUCUUACAGCUGUACGUGUUAAAGCUAUUGAAAAUGCAAACAAAAUAUUUGGGUCGUCAGUGGCGCAAGUCAAAUAUGAAAACAAUGAGUGCCAUCUAUCAGAAAGUGCGUCAUCGGCUGAACGAUGACUGGGCAUUCGGCAACGACUUGGAUGCAAGACCGUGGGAUUUCCAGGCGGAGGAAUGCGCUUUGCGCUCUGCCGUUGAUCGCUUCAACAGUCGCCGAUACGAUAAGAAUUCGUCUGGAUGUGCGGUAAUGGAUCCGGAAUACGAGCCGAUAGAUAACUGGCUAACCAGCGUACUUAGCCACCCUGUGGAGUUGACCGACGAGUUCAAGCGCCACUACGAGAUCUGGCUACAACAGGAAGUCUUUCAGGCCUCGAUUGACUGGGAUCAGUUGGUCGCUUCUCAUCUGAUAUGAUCCCUCCCCCGUGUCUAUUUUAAAUGCGUUUAGGAACAAACACCAUCCAUCCCGCGCGCUGAGUCGCACGACCAAUUAGCGAGCGUAUCAAAAAGUGAGCCUGCUUUCCCUUAUGGAGGCAAACAACAGUUGCAGGAAGCACUCAUGAGCACUCAUACGACGACCCGAAGAUCCUAUUCUGCCGCGAGAGGAGUCCCGUAACAUAAAUUGAUCGAUCCAUUUAGCAUCCGUUAGAGCGAAAGCGAGAAGUUUGUUUUUCUGGUUUUUCCCAUUCUUGCAUUCGUCUUGCAUUACUCAUACACACAUACACACACUC